GCCCCGCCCUCCCGGAGGCCCAGCCCCCGGCCUCGCGGGGUCGGUGGGUGCAGACCGCGUUCCGGGCGCACGGCGGCCCGCUCCGGAGCAAUGAUUAACCGUGCGGGGCGGCGGGCGCGCGGCCCCGGGCGGAGGCGUGGGGUCGGGGCGGGACCCCGCGGGCCCGCUGGGCUUCCUGCUCUCGCCCAAGUUUCCUCGUAGAGGGCGCAGUGCCCGGGGCGGCGUGGCGCGCGUGGGCGCUCCGGGGUCACCAUGAGGACUCUCCGCAGGUUGAAGUUCAUGAGUUCGCCCAGCCUCAGUGACCUGGGCAAGAGAGAGCCGGCCGCCGCGGACGAGCGGGGCACGCAGCAGCGCCGGGCCUGCGCCAACGCCACCUGGAACAGCAUCCACAACGGGGUGAUCGCCGUCUUCCAGCGCAAGGGGCUGCCGGACCAUGAGCUCUUCAGCCUGAACGAGGGUGUCCGGCAGCUGCUGAAGACAGAGCUGGGACCCUUCUUCACGGAGUACCUGCAGAACCAGCUGCUGACCAAGGGCAUGGUGAUUCUGCGAGACAAGAUCCGCUUCUACGAGGGACAGAAGCUGCUGGACUCGCUUGCAGAGACCUGGGACUUCUUCUUCAGCGACGUGCUGCCCACGCUGCAGGCCAUCUUCUACCCGGUGCAGGGCAAGGAGCCAUCCGUGCGCCAACUGGCCCUGCUGCACUUUCGCGACACCAUAGCCCUCAGCGUGAAGCUGGAGGACGCGUUGGCACGCACCCAUGCCCGCGUGCCGCCUGCCGUGGUGCAAAUGCUGCUGGUGCUUCAGAGUGUCCAUGAGUCCAGGGGCGUGACCGAGGACUAUCUGCGGCUGGAGACGCUCAUCCCAAAAGUGGUGUCGCCCUUCCUGGGCACCUACGGACUCUAUUCCAACGAGGGACCCUGCGCCCACGCCUGCAUGCUGGACAAACGGCUGCUACGUCGCUCACGUUCUGGGGACGUCCUGGCCAAGAACCCGGUGGUGCGCUCCAAGAGCUACAACAUGCCGCUGCUGAACCCUGUGGCUGAGCACGAGGCCGAGGGCUCGGCAGCGGGCAGCACCAGCCUCCGCCGGCACUCGCUGUCCGCCAUGACCUCCUGCGAGCCCCAGGGCCGCCCCGCCUCCCCCGCCCAGGACACCGCCGCCUCGGCCGGGACCUUCCUGUCCUCCCCCGCCCCGCACUCGGGGCCUUGCCACAGCAGACUGCGCCCCGUUUCCCGGUCCCCAGAGCCCGCUCCAGCCCACGGCUCACUGCCCACCUCCAGCCCUGAGACCCUGGUGGACCAGAUGCUGGGAUCUGCCGACUCGGAUUCUGAAGGCAUCUUCAUCGACUUUGGCCGGGGUGGGGGCUCUGGCGAGUCCGACUUAGAAGGGCCUGGGGACCGACAAAGUGUCGUUUGAGGCUG